AUGUUACAGAACGUAGAAAACAGCACCAUCUCCCUUGGAGCUAGGGAUACUCAUUCAGUGUCCCAGGUGAAGUACUGGGGCCAAACAGUCCUUGGCAAUGUUUACUUGGAAGCAGGGAUGGUACAAUACCUGUAUAAACUGUAUUAUCUUACAGGUGGGAACCAGCGUGAACUUGCCCGCCAAAAGAACCUGAAGAAGACUCAGGAGAUUCACAAAGGGAAGAGGAAAGAGGAUAGCUUGUCUGCUUCUCAGAGAAAACAGAGAGACUCUGAAAUUAUGCAGCAAAAACAAAAAGCGGCUAAUGAAAGGAAGUCUCUGCAGGCAGGAGCAAAAUGAGCUGCCUGUAUGGAGAAGAUAGUGUGCACCGAUGAAGCAGAAGGGCCUAGAAGAUCAUUCAUAAAAGUGUCCAGCCAUUAAAUGAUUAAACAUGUAUCUUUCAGAGCUGUUCAACUAGCAUUAGUUUAGAGUAUUUUCUGGUUAGCAUAGGCUUAGUUGUCUGGAGUGCUAUUUCAAAACUGACUACACUCUUCUGCAUGCAUACGAAUGAAAAUACCAAGCAAUAGGUUUACUCCAGCUUUUGCUGCGUUUGUUGGUUUCACUUGAUGGUUCCAGUAAGAAUGAAUUUCUGAAUCUACAGUUAGACCAGAUUUUCUUGUCUUAAUUCUCGAAGUACAGCUUCAUUCAGAAUGGAACACACUUGUAAAAUGUGCUUAACCUUACAGAGGUCUGAACUGUAAAUCUCAUCUUAAAUUAUUUUUACAAUAAAAUAUUGCAUGAAAUACUGUCUAAUCUGAAGUGGUUAUGCUUGAU